UCUCUCUCCCAUCCACAAUGCGCGCAGGACAGGUCGCACUCAUCACCGCCGGCGCCGCCGUCACGGGCGUGCUGGGCUACGCGGUGUACUUUGACUACAUGCGCCGCAACUCGCCCACGUUCCGCAAGGGUUUGCGGAAGCAGCAGAAGAAGAUUGCCGCGCAGGCCGAGGCUAAGGCCAAGGAGCAGGCUGUGCGGGACCAGCGGGAACUCACCCUCGCCCUUGUCGAGCUCGAGCUCGAGCAGCCCCCCUCGUCGCCCGAGGCCAUGGAGGCAUACUUCCAGGAGCACGUCGCAACGGCCGAGGGCCUCGCCGCCCAGGGCCCCGAGCACUACGUCAAGGCCGCGACGCACUUCUACCGCGCCCUCCGCGUGUACCCCCAGCCGGUCGAGCUCCUCAUGAUCUAUCAGAAGGUCUGCCCCGAGCCCGUGUUCCAGCUUGUGCUCAAGCUCACGCAGCUCUCGUCGGCGGCCAACGCCGGCGGGGCUGCGGCUGUGCAGCGCGUUGCGACGGGCGGCGUGACCGCCGUCGAGGAGGACGACGUGGACGAGGCUGCGCCGGCCGACGCUGAGGACAAGGAGGAGAAGAAGGAGGAGGAGACGGACGAGGAGAAGGAGGACACGGCCAGCCACCCAUCGAGCGGGGCGUCGUGGGAGAAGGUCAACGAGGACAACUAGUCUUCUGUUACGCUCGUCAUCAACUAGCUUGUAGACACGACUACUCUGCUCGAGCAGCUCGGCUCGGCUCACACAGCUCUAUGUAUCUCUGCAGUGCGCAUGAGAGUUCUGUG